UACACAGCAGCAGCAGAAAUUCUUGCUCAGUCCACUGAAUCUUUCGAAGCUGUUGUACUGAAAUUUAUGUCUAAUGACGAUGCUCGUCGUUUGGGAUUGAAGACAUUGCUGGAAAAGAAACUGGAGUCUAUGCAGCGUCCUGAGGACAGAAUAAGGAGGGAUGUACUGGUGAUGUGGCUUCUAGAGGUUAUGUUGGGUGAGCUUGCAGAAAUGCGCAGGGAGGGUAAAGAAGAAGAAAGCGAGGAGCAUGCAACACGUCUCCAACGGUUCUUAAUGAGGAAGAACGUUCAUGUAAUAUUCCCCGAAGCUAGUGAAGUUCAUUUCGAUGGAGCUUCUUGCUAG